GUCAACAUGGCUGCCUUGUUACUGUGCGUCUACUUCCUGCUCGGUGUGAUGUGCGGAGAGGCGACAGGCCAGGAGCAGGUGUGUGAGACGUGCCCGGGGUCACUGAGACAUUCCAGUCAAGUGUCCCGUCUGUGCCGAGAAACCCCCGGAGCUAAAAGUCACGCGCGCUGCUGCCUGAGGCUCAUUAAUGACAGACACGUGAUCAUCGGACUGGACCUGUGGAACUGCUCGUUGUCUCACCUGGAUCCCUCCCUCACACUCUCACCUGCUGCUCUUGUUCUAGACCUCUCCUCUAACCCUCUGCAAGAUCUCCCCAGUGAGUUUUUCCGUGGCUUGUUGGGGCUGCAGUACAUCGCACUCCCUGCAACCCUCGGCUGCCCCGGGGGCAACGACUCAUGGGAAAAUGUGACUGUGACCUCAACUGUGAGAGAGUGUCGGGAUCAGAGGAGCACGUGUAACGGUACAGCCGAGUGGGUGCUGUGUCCAGAGAACGCUGUGUGCUCCCCAGAUGGGCCGGGAUACACUCAGUGCUUGUGUGAGACAGGAUUCCAUGGGUACAAGUGCCUGAGAGAGGGCUCAUUUCCCAUUCUCAUGUUCUUUGGGAUCCUCGGCCUGGUAACCGCCUGUCUGUCUGUCCUGUUGUGGUGCACACAACGCAGGAAAGUAAAGAGCCAAUGAGCGAGGAGAUAUUCCGGCCUCCACUCACUGAGAAGGUCCUGAUUGGUCACAAGGAACUGGCUGAACUGAUCAGAUGGGCCAUUCCCCGGCCUUUACACUUGGAAUUGGUCCCAUUAAUCUUCCAACUGGAAAACUGUUAUCAUGUGACUCAUUAUAGUGGAACGUUUAUAUAAAGCUCGUGUUUCCCAAAAUGAUUUUAUUGAUGUGACGCUGUUGGGAAAAUGUCAACUUGGGGCCCCGUGUGGGUUCUGUACGGGAGUUGGUGAAGCUGUAAAUCCCAUGAGGAGGGGAGUCUGUGGCCAAAGUAUUUAUCACUGGACUGGGGAACUGACCGAAAUAUUAGCAGAUCUGUAGGGGGGAACCAUUCCCUUCCCAGCAGUCACUCUGCUCUCUCAUCAGUCUCUAUAUUGGGUCAGUCUCUAUAUUGGAUCAGUCCAUAUAUAUAUAUUGUAUCUGUAUCAGUCUAUAUAUAUUGGAUCAGUCCAUGCACCUGCUGUUUGACACUAAUAAACUAUUCCUUAACCCA